AUGUCUCAGCUUUGGACUCUGGCUCUCCUGUGCGGCCUGCUCACCGGGACCUCAGCCUCUCUCCUUGGGACUCUUGGCAAGGGCUUGAAUGAUGCUGCACACUCAGUGCAUGAUGUUCUUGAUGGCGCACUGCAGACCGUUGAGAAUAUUCUUGGGUCUGACCAAGAGAAUCUGGAGCCUGACCUGAAGGCCAGCCAGGAUGCCAGCAUUUUACAGAAGGUCAAGCAGAGGGUUCUGCAAAUUAAGAACUUGGAGAAUGUGGAUUUACAUUUACUUUCACCUGAAGUCCAAGCUUUGGGACUGAAACUCAACGAUCUUCAAAUCCUGGAUAUCAAAACAGAAAUAUCUCCUGACAGCCAAGGCUUGAACCUGAUGUUCCCCAUAAGGGCCAAUGUCAGCAUGAAUUUGCCUGUCAUUGGCCAGUUGAUCAACCUGACGUCUUCAUUAGACCUCCUGAGCAGUGUCGGAAUUGCAAAGGAUGACCAGACCGGCCUGCGCACGAUGGUCCUAGAAGGAUGCGUCGUUGACCCAGACAGUGUCCAGCUGAAACUACAGGGCAGGUAA